AUGGUCUAUGGAGGAGAAAACUUAUAUGGAACCAAGAAAACUGAUGGGACAUGGUCCGGCAUGAUUGGCAUGCUAAUUAAAGAAGAGGCGGAUAUCUCGAUGGCAGCCCUCGCCUACACACCUUCCCGUGGCCAGGUGGUGGACUACAGCACGCCUCUCUUAGUACAAUACUCAACCAUACUUGGGAAACUGGGGCAGCCUGAACUGGAUCCUUGGAGUUUCCACCUACCACUGGAGCCUUACGUGUGGCUGAGCAUCUUAAUAACUCUCCUGUUUGUCCCUGUCGUCAUGGUCCUUCUAUCUUUGAUUUCUCGGGUGUCCUUGACUCAUAUCUUAACAAGGCAUGACAUCUGGCAGCGACGUGUAGUUCUGGCCACCUGGAUGAUAGUAGCGUUUGUGUUGGUGAGGAGCUACGCAAGUAACCUCAUGUCGGUGUUGGCAGUACGUUAUGUCCAGCAGCCAUACCAGAGCCUGAGGAACGUGCUUGACGAUGCUGGCGUUACCAUGAUCUGGCAGAUCAACUCCAGUAGAGUGGAAUACUUUCGUUCAGUCAAAUCUGGGAUCUUCCGGGAAGUUGCCGAGAGGGAGAAAGCAGGCAGGAUCAAAUUCCAAUUCCUUCACGAAUUCUGGGGAAGCAUGGACACCUUUCUGCGCAAGGGAGAUCACGUACUUGUUGCUGUUGAGAUCAUGACACGGUUCUUGAUUAGUCAUGAUUUUACAAAGCGAGGUCAAUGUGAUUUUUACACUGGAAAGGAACGUCUUCUGCCAGUUUUCUUGUCUGGUGUGGGCCAAAAAGGAAGCCCCAUUGUAUCCCAGCUCAACAAAAGAAUCAUAUCUAUGCAGGAGUCAGGGCUCUAUGACUUGUGGAUUGAAAAGAGUAUACCCAACUCCACAUCCUGCUCCCAGACACCCUCCCGCAUUACCAAGAGUUCCUCCCUCUCCUUGCCUCACCUGUGGGGCGUGAUGGUGGUGCUGGUUAGCAGUCAGGGGGCGGGACUGCUGCUGCUCGUUUGGGAAGUGAAGUGCCCGCCUCCCACACCCUCUUAGAUUUUUAAUAAAAAAAAUAUAUAUAUAUAUAUAUAUAAGUAGAUAAAUA